AUGAACGCCUUUAAUGCUCGUCAGUACUGCAGACAGUAUCACACAGACCUGGUCAGCAUCAGGAAUACAACAGAGAAUGGACAGAUUUUUAACAUAGCAGCAGGACAAAUAGUUUGGAUCGGUCUUUACAGAACUAGACUAUGGUCAGACCAGAGCAAUUCCACUUAUGAGAACUGGCUAACUGGACAACCAGAUAACCUGAACUAUAUUGAACACUGUACUGCUGUAUCUCUGGGUAAUUCUGGACAGUGGACUGAUGAGAACUGCAAUCGAAACCUUCCUUUCUUCUGUUAUAGGGAUUCAUCCAGAUUGCCCACCCAAGAAAAUGUGAUUGGAUUACGGGUUAGAUUCACCUCUGUGAGAAACCUGACAGAUUCUGAGAUUGAAAAUGUGGUGCUACAGCAACUCCAGAUGCAACUGAUCAACAAAGGACUUCCGAGCACCAUGAAGAUGCAACUGAAAAGUAUUCGCAAGAAAAAUCUCUAAGCAAACUAUCACAUGUAGAGGACAACAUUUAGGAAAGAGAUUAUUUAAAAGAAUUUGUUUGCCAAAUGAAAAAAAA